AUGCCUCGCGGCAACGGGGAGUCCCUCCUCUGGGAUCUAUGGCUCCAGCAACUGCAUAAAGCCGUAUCUUAUCAAAACUUGCUCGCCCGAGCGGAGCAAGAAAUAGAACUUCGCGAUCCGGCUAUGGCAAUGACGCCAAUGACACAAAUCGCAAACCUCAACCAGCCGGUAGAAGAGCUGCUCACAUUGGUAUGUGAACUGUUAUAUUCUGUGAUGCAACACCAAUACGACCAAGACCGCACAAAGUCGAGGCCGUUGUGCCACAGCCCGCUCUCGGAAGCCGUCGUCAGAGGUUUUUGUUUUUAUGGAGCUCCCUAA